CUAUUCAUAAUAACGCCAGCACACACGUGUAUAAUCGACGGAGAAACUGACGUCAGUGCACGCAUGCAUCCCAACUCGUGCAAAAGACACUGGAUUUUUUUAACAACUGGCGAACUCCUCGUUUUUCUCCUCCUUUUCCCUCAUCAGCUGUGGCCGCAAAGUUCCAGAAUACCCAACCUGAGGGGUGCACAGACCGUGCUGGGGUAAUAGUGUUUCCUGGGGUCUGCAUCUAACUGGGUGGUGCGCCAAUCAGAGAUGGCACCAAUGCAGAGCAAGUCCACAGCACAAUCCACCGAAUCCUCGUCCACAUCCAUGCCACUGUCGUCUUGCGACUGCCCAGAGAGAAUGAAAGAGGGCAGCAUAUUGUACAGUCUUUUGUCGUCUAGCGCCCAUGAGCCGAUGGCCGUGGACCCGGACACAGCCAGCAGCGGCAGCAACAGCAGCAGUGCGGCAGGCACAGCAGCACCCACCGAGAGAAGAUAUCCCACCGCCGGUGUGGCGUCGGUCUCACAAGUUGUCAACCAGGCCCUGUGGAGGCGGGGCCCUGGCACCCUCCUCCCGCCCACCGUCAUCACCCUCAAGCACCACGAGGUCAUCUGCCAACAGGCCGCCCAGCUCCUCCUCAAGACGGUGGACUUCGUCCGGAAUUUACCGUCCUGCCAGCGGCUGUGCCCGCACGACCGCAUCACGCUGUUCCAGCACUGCUGGGCCGAACUCCUUGUGCUCAUGAUGACGCAGUACCGAUUCCACUUUGAAACGGAGGACGUGGACUUCGAUUUUGGUGUGGACAGCAGUGGCAGCAGCAGUGGUGGGAACAGCGGCGACCCGCAGACAUGCCACCAUUGUCAUGGUCACACGAGCGAGAACAUGCUGCUACGCUGUCUUGUCGCCCUGCAAGGCAUCCCCACCCAAUCGGACAUACACAUGAUGGAGUGCUUCUUCAGUAAAUGCGAAUUGAUGGGCUUGGACGAUAAGGAAUACGCAUACCUGAAAAUGACGAUUCUGUUCAAUCCAGAUAUUCCAGGCUUGGUAGACCCAGCUAUGGUGGAGACUCUUCAGAGCGAGGCCCAGCUGCGACUGAGCGAGUACGUGGCGGCCACGCGGCCUCGGGACCCCCUGCGCUUCGCCCGGGUGCUGCUCAGUCUUCCCCCCUUGCGCAACAUCCGCUCCCGCGUCAUCAGCCAGCUGUUCUUCCGCGAGCUGAUUGGUGGCGUGCCCAUGGAGGACCUGCUGGAGCAGAUGAUGACGGCACACUGAGGACAACCAUGCGGUGUCCCCUCGGUCUGGGGCCCCUCUGCACGUCCUCGGUCAGACGGCCACAAAAUCCAAAGUAUUCCAGUGUGCAUUGGCAAGGGCCAACUUGGGUUUGGUCAUUUAUUUAUUGUUUUCCCAAUCCCCCAGUUGCACUUCUGUAUACAUAAUGCCGUGUUUGCCACAGACGAGGUUUGUAAAGUGACUUGUUAUUUGUGCAUUGUUACACAUGGUUCGCUGUGAGUGCCCAAGUCCUGAACUCUAGUCAGGUGCUGUGGUUUAUGUUUCUCCACAGAGCCGUAGACUCUCACCCUUUGUAGUUUUGUAUAAAAGGGAGAGGUGCAUAAAUGUAAAGAGUGGAUCGGUAGAUUUUGUCACUUCCUGUUGCAAGGUCUGCGGUUCCUGCGACCUCUUAAAAUAAAUAAAUAAUUGAAGGCAAUAGCUCGGUAGAUUGAGAAAAAAAAUUGUCGCAACUGGAAGGUAAAAUCCUCACAAACCCAAGGUGUGCCAAGUUCAAAACUCAUUGGAGUACACCCACCUGAAGCCACCGAGUUUAAUGACCAACAUUUGUUACUUGAAUAAUAGAUUUAAAGGAAAAAAAAAAGAAACAAACAGAUGAUACAAAUGUGUACAGACUACAGAGUGAAUUCAUAUUUUAUGUGUAAAAGCAGGUUGACUCUCUUGCAUUUACCAAGGGUUAUAGAGUGACUGGUUGGCCAGUCUGUGUUAAAUAGUGAGCAGAAAAAUUGUAUCGCACAGUCGUAAUAAAUAAUGUAACACAAAACCACCCAUUGCAUACAUCAACUAUUUUUUUAUUCAAUUUCACAGAAACUUGAUAAGUCUUAAUGAACGGUGACAUUAGAUGAUCACUUAUAUUUUGGCUUCUCCUGUGGAACACCGUUGGAAUACCGUUUUUAUUUUGUUUGUUUGUUUGUUUGUUUGUUUGUUUGUUUUUGCAAAUCUAAGUUGAAUUUGAUUCCACCAUCAGUGCUAUGUGACUUCCUCUAUCAUACAUGUGAAUGCAAGGAGACCAUGCAUGUCACCGUUUCUCAGUUGGCAAGCAAUUUCCCUCGAAAAUCCCACCUUUUUUGUCAAGCUUCUCAUUGGUGGGGGACCUACAUGUAUUCCCCCCCCCCCAAUUCCAGGCUUCUGGUGUGCAUAUCUGUAAGUCCAUUUUAUGACAACAAGAACUAAAAACUGGUCGUUCACAGAACUGUAAUCAUCCUCUUGGCUUUGAAAAUUCAACAAAAAAAUAAUGCCAGUAUGACAGGAUGUGUUAGAAUUACCGACUUGGAGGUGGGAGAUUUGGGAUUUUGAAAGAUUUUCCUCAGAAUCUCAGAUAAUGACAAGAAAUUGUGGAAGGAUUCAGAUGUUACAGUUCAUCUUUAAGAAAACCAAAAAGUCCAAAAGAGCAGCUGCUGUUUCAGAUAUCUCACUUCAAAAUUGCAGUUCCUUUUUAUUUAAUGGAAAGUAAUAGAUGGGGGACCUCUCUCUCUUUUUUUUUUGGUGGAAAUUUGUCGUCUCAAAUCUAUGCAUACUGGUGAUGUCAGAUGGAGUUUUAUUUAUUCAGUUGGGCCAUCGGUUGAUAGGCUGCCAUAUAACUGUACAGUAAUGUGUAUCUCUCUCCCACCUAAAUCUGUAAGCAAGUCGAGCGAUAUUGUACAGAGGUUUGAACUAUUUGGAGUUUCUUAAAAGAUGCUUAGCGUGUUUUGUGUGCCGUGUGUGCGCGUUGGUUUGGUCCAUUACUAUUUUUUUUCUGAUGGCUUAAAGUCAGUGUUGUCUUGGUGAGAUGUGUGAUACAUUGAGGGCACUUAAUAAGUAAUGUCUCGAGAUGAAAUUAGGCGAUACCUGGUUGUGUGUUACUCAGUCUGAAGUGAUCUAGUUCUAGAGAUGCCGUUCAGAGUUUAAAGGGGAAAAGAAAACAAGAUUUUUCUGAUUGUUUUCAGAUUUUGCAAAUCUGUCUUUGCAGCUCGUUGUCAGCCGAAUAGUGCUUGAUUUUAAAUGCAGUUUCCGUCUUGCUAGUGAUAUUUUUUUGUAAUUGGGAAGAACUGGAAACACUUAUGCCUUGUCCAUGUACAAAGGAAUUCACCCUGCGUUACCAUGACAACCCCAUACAAAUCAAGGUAAAUGGUACAGGUAGUAUUUAGAUGGUAUUGCCAAUACAUGUAAUUAUUAAAACGAAUUGUACCAGUAUGGGUCACGCUACAAAUUUAAGGUCCGACGUGUGUCAUUUUUCCGGUCCCCUUCACAGCUGAUCUGUUUAAUUUGACAAAGGAUUUAUCACUGAAAUUGAUUUCAACUAUUUUUUUUUUCUAUUUCUUUGGUGGGUCACUUUUUGCAUUACUUAAUCACUCUCGGAAAAUUAAAGACUGGGGUUCUGAACUUACAGAAAUCGACCUCAACGUGUUUCAAAGAUCAUUGUUGCAAAUUCACGUACCAAAUGUCACAAAGAAGCUCAGAAUCUCUCGUGUCAAUUUGUUUUCUUUCGAAUUAGUAAUUCAAAAAGGAGUGCGAUGCUUUGAAACGAUUCAGCUGGAAAGUUGUUUUCAAAAAAAAAAAGUAUUAAGUUGUGAACGGUUCCCGAGGGGACGAUGUAAAAAAAAAAAAGAGAGAGGAAGUGUUGGGGUAAUUUAUAGACCCGGAGUAUUUAUUGUAAUUAGUCACGUUAAUUUAUGAUCGGAAAAGUGUUAGUUUAAAAAAAAGAAGAAGCGAAAAUUCUUCUGAGUGUUGUCUUAUUUUCUGUGUUUCUUGUAACAGUAUAGUGGAGUAGAUUCCCAAGGCUGAUUUAAAAUUCGUUGGUUGAGUUGCGCCGAAUUUUUGUCCUUGACAGCCGAAUUUUACGAAAAGUGCAUGUCUUCUACUGAAAUAUCGUUGUUUGCUUCAGAGAACAAUAUUUUUUCCAAGCGAAGGGAAAGAGAAGGGAUUGGAAAAAAAGGUGAUGUUAUAAGCGCUUAAUCAGAAAGAUAAGGUCAGAGAAGAUAUUUUUGUUGUUAAAAAGCCGAGCCUCACUGAAAUACUGUUUGUUUAUUAUUUUGUAGCUGUAAUAAGGGAACACAUAUUAUAGUGUAUAAAUAUUUAAACCGAAGAUAUGCGUUUACGUUUUCGCUCCCGUUGUAAAGACGUCUUGUGUUUGCCUGUAAAUACGUCCAAGAGAGAAAAGUUGUUUGCGUCCUUCCUCAUGAAUGACUGGAUAUAUUUGUAACUUUCACUUUGUCAUCCAAUUUACUUCUGUUUUUCGGGACUGUUGUACAAAUACACCUAUCUAGAGUUCCUGGCACUUUCGGGAAGUGCCCUUUUAGUCAUCCGGUCAGAUCUUUUAUUUUAAUAAACAGGUCCACCUUAUGUAAUGGCCGUCCAGAAAAAGAAACUGGUUUGGCUAAUUUGAAAAUUCUAAUUUUGAUCUGCAUGCUGCAAGAGACUGACAGUGGUUGCUCUGUUUGGAGUGUUUCUAACACUUCGGUUGUCUCUUUUUAUUAUCUUGAGUGUUGAUUACCAACUUACCCAACUCGAAACAAAUAUUGAGGGUUGACCGAAAGAAGCCCCCCCCACACACACACCCUCCUACCCAUGUUAGCGUUGCGUAUCUAGUGUGCGCAUUUCUGUCUUCUAGUGUCGCGAAGAAAAUUUGGUGAAAAUGCCCAUUUUUUUCUUGAACGGUGAACACUAUUUUUAAGCUGGUUUUUUUGGUUGUAGUUGAUGGUUUCCUUGACUAUUCCUCUUCCUUUUGCUAAAGAUAAUCUGACCCUUAAAUGUCCCCAAAUCCGAUUUUCAGGGAGAGGAAAACCUUGUGCGGACCUGGCUGGGUCCACGGAAGGCUCACACAACCUGCAUUGUGUGGACCUGCCUUAGGUCUAGGUCUACACGAAGAUUGCGAGGUUUUCAUACACACACGCUUCGUAAUAACGAUGCAGUCGAUUCAUUUUCAUGUCUUGUCUGAGUUUACUAGUGCUCAGAUAUUUCCCAGGGUCCUUUCAAUAAGAAACACACUGUUCUCGAAGAUUUAAGGUAAUCAUCAAUUUUCCAGGUUUGUAAGAUUUUGUAAAUAUGUAGUAUUAGAUCAACAAGACUUACACGAUCUCAAAUAAUAUAUUGAAAACGUCUCAACAAGAGAGAAGCUGUUUUGUGUGUUUUUUUUUUAAUGCUUUGUGAUGUUAUGGCCAAACAAAAAAGAGGAGCCACUUGUUUGGGGGAAAAAUUAAUAAUGACUUAAUUACAAUGGACUUGGUUCACCUUUUGUGCAAACAACAAUUCUUUGUGUCUACCUAUCCUUGUUAAUCUUUAUUGUGUUGUUGGUAAAUAAAAAUAAAGUCAGACAACAGAACUGUAUGAACAAAAGAA